AUGCCCGUCAGUACUGGACGCCGUGACGCUGGGGUCAGCUCUUCUGGCACCAUGAGCACUUUCCUGGGAUGUUCUUACUGGCAGUCGCCCAGUCACGUGGUCUACCACGUGGCCAGUGGAAUCCUGUUAUGUGGCCUCUUGGUGCCCGACUCCAAACAUGGCGACCUGAUGUUGCACGGUACCAUGUCUCUGGGAUUUCUCCUGAUGUCCAUGUGGUCGUGGUUGGUCCUGUGUGCUCCAGACGUUUUCGCCUGGAACAUGGUCCUGUUGCUCCUCCACGGACUGCAGACGGCUUCCAUCUUGUACAAGAUCCGACCGGUGAAGUUCUCUCAGGACCUUGAGGACGUCUACGACAGUUUGUUCAGACCUCUGCGUGUCUCCAGAAUCCUGUACAAGAGGCUGGUGUCGCCCCAGUUCUGUGCUCUGAUGACCUUAGAGGACGGCGAGUCCUACGCUGUCCAGGCUGUGACCCGCACGGACAAACUAGGGCUUCUCAUUAGUGGAGUGAUGCAAGCCUACAGCCACCAGAACCUGCUGCACGCCAUCACCGAGCGAAGCUUCAUCGACUCCCCAGAGUUUGAGUCGACCUUGACCGGAGAGGAGACGUUUCAGGUGUCUAUUGUAGCUUCUGGUACCUGUAGAUACCUGGUCUGGUCCAGGCAGAGUCUAGAGUACCUCCUAAGGAAGGAACCUUACCUGGCGUGUGUGAUGAAGACGCUCAUAGGACGAGAUAUCACAAACAAAUUAUACGCACUCAAUGAAAAAGUGGCUACCCCAGCUGGAUCGCGCAUGGACAUCAGGCUUCCCAGUAUCUCUAGUAACGCGCGACAGCGCAGGGAUUUGAGACGUGCUCUUGCAGGCGCCAUGGAGUACGAGGUCAGGGUCACGGGUACAGACGAGGUCACGGACUCUGAUGUGGAGAAUGACCUGGGCAAGCCAUCGGAGGCUGGCGAAUGUGAGUCGCAUCUGUUUGUUUGCUUGUUCUCUAGUCCCGUUUGUUUCUCCUGGACCAGUUUGUUUGUUUGUUUGCUUGUUCUCUAG